GUUGUGCACCUUGCAGUAUUGAUCAUAUGACAGCUCGCUGCUGCGAACUACUGGCAGACGCCUCAAAUCACUGAGGAGCAACACACACGCCGAAGUUGAGUGUGACCACCACCAACAUCAAGAUGCUGACACUCAUUAACCGGCUUUUGGACUGGCUCAAGUCUCUUUUUUGGAAGGAGGAGAUGGAGCUCACGCUAGUUGGCCUGCAGUACUCUGGGAAAACCACGUUUGUUAACGUGAUCGCAUCUGGUCAGUUCUGCGAAGACAUGAUUCCUACCGUGGGGUUCAACAUGAGAAAGGUCACCAAAGGAAACGUGACCAUAAAGGUCUGGGAUAUCGGUGGGCAGCCCAGGUUCAGAAGUAUGUGGGAGCGCUACUGCCGGGGAGUCAACGCGAUUGUAUACAUGGUUGACGCCGCAGAUUGUGAGAAGGUGGAGGCAUCCAGAAAUGAGCUUCAUAAUUUAUUAGACAAGCCUCAGCUACAAGGAAUACCAGUUCUUGUACUGGGCAACAAAAGGGAUCUCCCUAGCGCUCUAGAUGAGAAGCAGCUUAUUGAGAAGAUGAACUUGGCAGCUAUUCAGGACAGAGAAAUAUGCUGCUACUCUAUUUCCUGUAAAGAGAAAGACAACAUAGAUAUCACACUUCAAUGGCUCAUCCAGCACUCAAAAUCUCGGAGGAGCUGAGAGAACCGGAAGUGUUGCCAGCGCUGGUCGCCACCUUACCCCCAUGCCACGUCCUGUCCACGCUGCAAUGGUGUACAGUCCCGGUCCCCAGCGCACUGUUAACCCCUCUUCUGGUAUCCCCACAUGUUAACCCCUCUUCUGUUAGCCCCACAUGUUAACCCCUCCUCUGGUAUCCCCACAUGUUAGCCCCUAUUCUGUUAGCCCCUAUUCUGUUAGCCCCUCUUCUGUUAGCUCUACAUCUGUUAGCCCCACAGAUGUAGGGGGGGGGGGGGGGAGGGAAGAGACAGUUGCUGGGGGAAGGGGGGGGGAAGCGUGAAGAAUCAAAAAAAUCAAAAGCCUGUCCACCUUAUACCCCCAGUACGGCGGCCCUGCUAGCAGUCAUCCAAUCUCCCUUUCCUUAAUCAAAGGAGUUGGUUUUUUGGUUACCCUCAAGGUCAUUAAAAAAAGAGGAAUAAGUGCAUUAAAUAUGGUUGUUAGCCGAGCAGGUAUGUGUAAAUAUCUUGCUUAAAAUAUUUUUUAAGCGUGUGAGAUAUGUGUGUUCUAUUUAAAGUUUGAAUGUACAGAAGGCUUGAAGUUGGAUGUGUGUCAGUGUUUGUGGUUCGCAUUGCGCCUGGCGGAGUUUUGUUGUGCGGUCCUGCAGCCGAGAGGAGGGAGAAUCUAAAGUGCCUUGGGCAGCAUCGCCCCUCGGAGCACAGCAGCCUCUGCCUACCCAAACAAGUCAGAAUACCACUAAAAUGUAUACGUGAAAUAAAAGGGCAUGCUUUUUAAUUUGG